CGCGAGUCUCGAAAGCCUGUGAACCAUCGGUGGCCCUACUGAAGCUCCUGGUUUGCGGUGACUUCGUACUCCUCUCGUUCAGCCCCUUUCAUUUCUCUUUCAAUUGCUAAAUUCCCUUAAGCUUCGAAGUAGGCAUGGGCGUGAUCAUUCUCUUCACGAAAUGUAACCACAGGACACCCUCCCCAUUUUGUUCGACGCUGCCAUUUCUGAGGAAGUUGACGUAGAAGAGUUACACAUGGCAGUUUUAAGUCCGCACGAGAUUUACAUUGUCGUAACGCGGGAACUUUAAAGCUCGACUACGGCUCCUCGUUGAGAGGAUGGCGGACUGGGACUGCUCCGGGCCAUGCCAUUGCUGCCAGCCUCGGUCUUUCUUGCCUUGAUUCCGUCGUUCGCUUGCGGGACGAAAGGGUACAAAAUUAAGGUGUGCAUCGCCUUUUGUCUCCUGGUAAGAAGAUGCUUGUCUGGGUGUCUGUCUGUCUGUGUGUCUGUCAUCAUCCCUCAAAGCUGCAUGCGAGUCUUGCGGUCCUACCGUAGGCCGCACUGGGACCUUUCAUGGAUCCCCACCAUCGCUCCCUAUCUUUCUUGCAAGACGGGCAUUUCAUCAGGGCGAGGUGGGUCUUUCUCCUUUGCUGCUGCUGCUGCGCAGAGAGAGUUUCACUUCUCUACCCUAGCCGUAUCAAGAACGAGGCAGACAGUCACCUUGAUAGCGCGGUGAGCAGGGGGUGGAGACUCAAUGAUUCCACAAGCUCUAAGCUGGCUCAUGCCUCUGCCCAUGCCCUCUACAAAUCUGAUUCGGGACAAGACAGAAACAAACACCAGCAUCACGGAUUCAGUCCGUCACCCAGCCCAUCACUUCAAACCCUCUUGAGAUCGGGCUUUUCGGGGUGAUGUGAGAAAUGACUAUACAUCUUUUCCUU